UCAUUUAAUACAAGGUCUUCCUUCAUUCGCCAUCUUGGAAUUUCGGCUGUGAAGGAAGCGAUAGGAAAAUCGCGAUCUAUCUCUGCCGUUAGCCAGGAUUAAGACAUAUUUCUUGUGCGCAAAAUAAAAUCAGUUCUAUUAUUGACUCAAAUCACUUGUAUAACGUAUAAAUUAUGGCUAGUUGUGACGGAGAAUUACAGUGGUGCUUCUCACAAGUAAAAGGCACAAUCGAGGAAGAGGUCACCGACGCUGAUAUCAUAUCUUGCGUUGAAUUCAACCACGACGGUGAACUCUUAGCAACGGGUGAUAAGGGAGGACGAGUAGUAAUAUUUCGAAGAGACCAAAUUUCUGCCCCAGGUGGACAGAGACGCGGAGAGUAUAACGUCUAUAGUACAUUCCAAAGUCACGAACCCGAAUUCGACUACUUAAAGAGCUUAGAAAUCGAGGAAAAAAUAAAUAAAAUACGAUGGUUACAUCGUUCGAAUCCUGCACAUUUUCUUCUCUCUACAAACGACAAAACCAUAAAGUUAUGGAAAAUCCGAGAAAAGGAUAAGGAAUACCAUGGAUUUAACUUAAAAGAUGAACAAGGCUGCGAAUUGGAGCCUUCAUGUAUAAGUGGUUUAAGUGUGCCAAAACUACGACCAAAAGAACUAUAUGUCGAAGCGUCACCAAGAAGAAUCUUCGCCAACGCUCAUACGUACCAUAUAAAUUCCAUUUCAGUUAAUAGUGACCAAGAAACAUAUAUGUCGGCUGACGAUUUGCGAAUAAAUUUGUGGAAUUUAGAGAUUACCGAUCAGAGCUUUAAUAUUGUUGAUAUUAAACCUGCCAAUAUGGAAGAACUAACCGAAGUCAUUACAGCUGCCGAGUUCCACCCCAAUCAUUGUCAUACAUUUGUUUACAGUAGCAGUAAGGGAACAAUUCGAUUAUGCGACAUGAGGGCCCAAGCGUUAUGCGAUCAACACGCAAAACUUCUUGAAGAACCUGAAGAUCCUACAAACAGAAACUUCUUUAGCGAAAUCAUUUCUUCAAUAUCUGAUGUAAAAUUUUCUCAUAAUGGCCGUUAUCUGAUGACGCGAGAUUAUCUCUCUGUAAAAGUUUGGGAUUUGAAUAUGGACACCCGACCAGUUGAAACCUAUUCAGUCCACGAGUAUCUCAGGACAAAAUUAUGUGCUCUGUACGAAAAUGACUGCAUUUUCGAUAAAUUCGAAUGUGCAUGGAGCGGAAAAGAUAGGUAUAUUAUGACGGGUUCGUACAACAAUUUCUUUCGAAUGUUUGAUCGAGAAACUCGUCGGGAUGUGACACUCGAAGCAUCUCGCGACAAUAUGAAAGCCCGAUGUAUUCUCAAACCGAAAAAAGUUGCUUCAGGAAACAAACGAAAAAAGGAUGAAAUAAAUGUGGAAUCGUUAGACUUUAGUAAGAAAAUUUUGCAUACUGCAUGGCACCCAGAAGAUAAUAUCAUAGCUGUAGCAGCGACGAACAAUUUGUAUCUCUUUCAGAGUAAAGACUAG